UCUCGAAAUGGUCGUCGUGCAAUGCGAUACAGAAUAAAUUUUUACGGUAAAAAAUCGAUCUAUGUAAACUUUGGGUGGCAUCAUUAGUGGCAUAUCUGUCUACAUGUUACAUAUUUUACAGCAUACGUCGUAUAUUUACAGUCGUGUACCACUGUAGGUGAUUCACGUGACAAUUGUCAAAUGUCAAAGGACAAUUAACCUGGAAGAGUUUUUUAAAUUUCCUGUUGAAACUUGGAUUUAUCAUAGAAUGUUUCAAAAAUCGCCAAAUUUUUAUACUCUACUCGACAAAGCUACAAGCCAUUUGCUCCUUGAUCCUGACUGGCCAAUCAUCCUCCAAAUUUGUGAUCUCAUACGACAGGGAGACAUUCAACCUAAAGCUGCUCUUGCUGCAAUAAAAAAGAAAAUUACUAAUCCUAAUCCUCAUGUUGCUCUCUUUGGCCUACUGGUUUUAGAAUCAUGUGUAAAAAAUUGUGGAAGUCUUAUCCACGAUGAAAUUGGAACAAAACAGUAUAUGGAACAACUGAAAGAAUUAGUAAAAACUACAACCCAUGACGAUGUUAAAGUUAAAGUUCUAGGAUUAAUCCAAGCAUGGGCAUUUGCAUUUAGAAACAGUCCUAAAUAUACCGCAGUUAAAGACACGAUGAAUAUAAUGAAAGCUGAAGGCUAUAUGUUUCCAGAGCUAAAAGAAAGCGAUGCAAUGUUUAGUGCAGAUACAGCACCACCAUGGGCUGAUGGUGAAGUCUGUCAUCGAUGUCGUGUAAUUUUUAAUAUGAUGCAAAGAAAGCAUCACUGCAGAAAUUGUGGUCAAGUUUUUUGUGGACAAUGUUCAAGCAAAACAUCGAUUCUACCAAAGUUUGGAUUUGAAAAAGAAGUGAGAGUUUGCGACGCUUGUUAUGCUCAGCUAAAUAAACCAAGUACAGCGUCAACCAAGGAGACUGAUUUACCAGUAGAAUAUUUGAACAGUACCUUGUCUCAACAACAACAGGUACCACCCAGAAAAACAGAAGAAGAAUUGAGAGAAGAAGAAGAGCUACAACUUGCACUUGCACUAAGCCAGAGUGAAGCGGAGCAAAAAGAGAAAGAAAAGAAACGUGUGACUAACUCUUAUAAAACUAAUUUUACUUCCAUAUCACGAACGACUUAUUCUCCACCACCAUCACCAGGGCCAAGUCCUUCAAAAAUUCAAGAGGAAGAAGUUACCGAUCCAGAGCUUGCAAAAUAUCUGAAUCGCCAAUUCUGGGAGCAACGACAAAUAGCAAAUGAAGAGAAUGCUGGAGGAUCAAGACCAGACGUUACGAGCCCAAGUGCUCCAAAUAUUAGUAGUCCAAUGCCGCAACGAGUUGUUGUAGCAAAACAACAAAAUGGAGAUAUUGAUAAUCAUUUGGAUGAGUUUGUUAGCAACUUGAGAUCUCAAGUUGAAAUAUUUGUGAAUAGAAUGAAAAGUAAUUCAUCAAGGGGGCGAUCUAUUAUUAAUGAUAGCUUUUUCCAAGGUCUUUUCAUGAAUAUUACUACGAUGCAUUCGAGAUUAUUGAAGUAUAUUCAAGAACAUGAUGAUACUAGAGUUUAUUAUGAAGGAUUACAAGAUAAAUUAUCUCAAGUGAAAGAUGCUCGAGCAGCUUUAGAUGCUUUGCGUGAAGAACAUCGAGAAAAAUUACGCAGAGAAGCUGAAGAAGCUGAAAGACAAAAACAAAUGCAGAUGGCUAUGAAACUUGAUAUUAUGCGUAAGAAAAAGCAAGAAUAUUUGAAUUAUCAAAGACAAUUAGCACUACAGAAAAUUCAAGAACGUGAGAGAGAAUUGCAAAUGCGUCAAGAGCAACAAAAGCAGCAAUAUAUUAUGGGUGGAUAUCAACAAGUUCCUUCAUUUAUGGGUCCAUCUCAAGGUUCUCCAAUUCGUCACGUGCAUUACCAACCACCAGGAACUACAUACAAUCCUAUUUCUCCAACUAAUCAAGGAGUUUAUGGACCUUCUCCUUAUGGACCAGCACCUAUGGGUUCGUAUCCGAUGCAAUCUUAUCCACCCAUGCCAUCUAUGCCUCCACAUAUGAUGUCUAAUGUGUCAAUGAAUCAAGAUCAACCGCAGACAGCACCCGAAUCUAUAAUACAAAAUCGAGAAAAUUUAGCUCCUCCGCCUCAAACUGGAAUGAUGCCACAAAUGGGAAAUGUUCCGUCCAUGACACAAAUUCCUGGAGCUGGAGGUCAUCAAAUGCCUCAUCCAGGUCAGCAUCCACCACCGGCAACUCACGUACCAACAAGAAUUGGUCCCCAACCUUCUGAGAUUCCUCAAGGAGUGCCUCCACCAACUGUUAAUCCACAGAUGGCUCCAAAUCAACCACCUAUCCAUGGCCCUUCAGGCCCACCUGCGCAUAUGGGAAUGCCUCAGGUUCCUGUCGGAGUUCAAAUGCCUCAAAGUGUACAACAAAUGUCUCAACAUGUAAGUGUUGCUAAUAAUAUACCAUCCCAAGUUCCUGGAUCUAUUCAAAUGGCUCCUGGAGGAGCACCUCCACCCUCUGGAGCACCUCUUCAGCAAAAGCAAUUGCCGAUUCAAGUUACACAGCCUAUACAAUAUCAACAACCGGCUCCUGCUGCUGUUCAAUCAACGAAAAUAGAUUCUUUAGGAUCCAAUGGAGAAAAAAAAGAGGAUACUGCGGAACUUAUCUCAUUUGAUUGAAUUAUAUGUAUACUAUACAUAAUAUUGCUUUUAAAAUAUUAACAUUCUGAUUUAUAUAUAUAUAUUAAUAUUAUCGUUCAAUGUUACACUAAAAACAUAUUAAUAAUCUCUCUUUAAUAUAUUUAAGUUCUCUUACUGAAAUUCUCGUAAAAAAUGUAACAAUCAUAAAUAUUCAACAAGAAAAUGAACUACAAAUUUUAAUUACA